ACACAUAUUACUUAAAUAUAUACCGAAGUGAAUAAUUAUAACAAAUUCAUAAAUAUUAUUUUUUAAUUUUUAAAUCUAUCAGAAUUUUUUACUUCAACAAUAUAUUAGUACAUAUCCAAAUAAAAUGUAUAUAUUCGAGUCCCCAUAAGCUUAGCUUGGUAAGAACAUCCGAAUUUUAUAUGCAGAAUCGGAGUUCGAAUUUCAAACACUCUAUUUAUCCGUCUUAAUCGGUUAGAAUUUCUGGCCUCUGGAAAGAAAAAAAAUUGUAUAUAUCCGAGUGUCAACUAAAUAAAAAUGUACUAAUGAUGUGAUAUUGAAAAUGAGUUGUACUAAAAUAUGCACAAAUAAAUGAUUCUUUAAUGAAAUUUAGAUCACCAUUUUUUCUCUUCUCACAAUCUGAAAACAACACUGUUGUUCGUGUGUCUCUUGUGAUCUCUUUGACUUUCUCAUCAAACUCAGAAAAACCACAAACCGACACAAAAAACAUGACAAAACUCACACUUUUCACAGACCUUAUUGGCAUAAUCAAAGACAAAGCUUCACAAAGCAAAGCAGUGUUACUCUCCAAACCCACCACACUCUCUCUUCUACGCGCCACCACACACAACUCCUUCACUCCUCCAACCCACAAACACAUCUCCACUCUCCUCUCUUCCUCCGAUGGCUCACGCGCCACCGCUUCAUCUUUUCUUGAACUCCUUAUGGAUCGUCUUCAAAACACUAACAACGCUGCUGUUGCACUCAAAUCUCUCAUCGUUGUUCAUCAUAUUAUCAGCCAUGGAAGCUUCAUACUUCAAGAUCAGUUAUCUGUUUACCCUUCUACUGGUGGAAGAAACUAUCUUAAUCUCUCGAAUUUUCGACAUAACACAAAUCCAACAUCUUGGGAACUUUCUUCUUGGGUUCGUUGGUUUGCUCAACAUAUUGAGAAUAUCCUCUGUACUUCACGAAUCUUGGGUUUUUUCUUUCUUGCAAAAUCUUUAAUCGAUGCUGAGGAACGUGUUUCAGGUCUUACUAAUGGUGAUUUGUUGAAGGAGUUUGAUUCUUUGGUUACCCUUGUUGAGGGAAUUUGCAAAAGACCAAAUCAUGCUUCAAAUGAAGGUAACAAGAACAGGGACAAGAACAGAGACAAAGACAAGAACAAGUUGGUUGAUGAGAUAGUGAAUUUGGUGAGUGAAGAUUGGGUAGUGAUAGAAAGUGUGGUGAUUGUUGAAGUGAGUGAGUUUAAAGAGAGAUUGGGGUGUUUUGAAUUUGGAGAAGCUGUUGAAUUGGUUUGUUGUUUGAAGAGAUUGGAAGAAUGUAAAGAGAGGGUGGUGAUGAUUUUGGAGUCACAACAAAGAUUGUGGGAUUUGGUGAGUGAUGUGAAAGAUAAAGUUGGAAUGGAGGUGUAUAAGGAAAAAGGUAAGGUGCAAAAGGAAGGAAGAAAAUUAAGGUUCAGUGAGUCUGAUAGGUUUUCUGCUAGAGUUAUUAAUUCUCGUGAUUCUCUCUGGUUUCCAUCUGGAAGAUUGUUGUGAAGUUUUUCAUGUUAAUGUAAUUUUGUAAAUAUAGAAUUAUUCAAAAUUUGCUCAUUUCUUAUAGUACUAUUACUAUGUUAUGGUAUGAUAUGAUGAAUUGAUCAUUGUUAUAAGAUUAUUGGAAGAAGAAAAAGAGAAUUGUUUGUCAUGUAAAGAAUGUACAUGCAAGAAAUGAAAAGUUGAGAGGAAUCUUCAAUCAUAUUCACUUUAGAAAAGCACUAGAAGUGAUUAUCAAAAAAAGGAAAAAAAAGUAUCAUGAAAAAGCACUUGUAGAAGAUCAUAGAAGCAGGUAUGUAUGAGUAUGUAUGUGAGAGAGACACACACACUCUAGUGUGGUGGAGACAACUCGUGUGAUAAAUUGGUUAUUGGAAGGUAGCAAGAUGAGUGGUAAUUUGAGUGUCCACGUAGCUAAUUAUUUGAUUUUAGCAGUUAGCACUAUCCUGCAAUAGUAGAGAUACUAGCAUAGUAGCAUGACUUGAAUUAACAAUUCAUUUAUUUAUAAUGCCUAUCUGUUUUUUGGCCUAACCAAUUGAAGUGAAAUGGAUUCUGAUAUGACAGAUGAGUGAUCAAAGAAGUGGUCGGGUGUCUAGCAGUAAACCGUUAAGGUUUGAGUAGGUGAGGGGAUAUCAGGUAUCUGCAAGUACUUUGACGUUUAAAUUAAUAUGAGAGUAAAAAAUGUGAGGUUUAAGAACAGAAAAGUUGUACGCCGUGUGGUGUUGGAGGAGGGUGAUAGAAAGCCGUUGGAGCAUUGAAGUGUGAUUGUUAUGAUAGGGUGCUCAUCAACGUGUGCUAUGGCACUAUUGAAUGUCGCGGAGGCGAUCAGAGAAGAUUUCAUGGUAACAGUCGAGGCGGGAGGCACAGGACCUUCAGAUUGGACUGAAUGGAUGUUUCUAUGUUGGGCCUUUAUGCUUCUAAGUCCACCAGGUUAGUGUAGCAAGCUAGGCUCUUGAUUGAGUAAGUCCAGAACAUAGACAUAUUCUAUAUUGUAUUUGUGUGACACGACAACAUAUAUUGACGUUCGAUCUAAAUUAA